AAACGUCGGCGUGUCUCCAUUUUCGCUUGUCACACACUCGCUGUCUCUCCCUCGCUCUGUCUCUCUCCCCCCCCUCUCUUUCUCCCUCUCUGAUCACUUGGUUUCUGCUUUGAAUCACCGAAAUCCCUUGGCCAUAUCCGAUCCGUACAGAUUCAGAAGGGUUAGGGUUUUGGCUCGAGAAAUUCGAUCAAGUUGCUAGGGUUUUGGCGUGAUCAUUGGGAUGAAUCCGCGAGGACGGUAUCCGCCGGGGAUCGGCGGCCUUGGUGGCCGCGGGGGAGGCGGCAGUGCCAGCCCUAAUUUUCAGGCGAGGAACCCUCACCAGCAACAGUACGUGCAAAGGAGUCCAAUGCAGAACCAUCAGCUGUUUCAGAGCCAGCAACAGCAGCAGUGGCUGAGGAGGAACCAAUUAGGGGGCGAGUCGAGCAUUGAUGAGGUCGAAAAGACCGUACAGUCGGAGGCUGUUGACUCAAGUUCACAAGAUUGGAAGGCACGGUUGAAGGCUCCUCCACCUGAUACUCGGUACAGAACUGAGGAUGUGACAGCCACUAAAGGCAAUGAGUUUGAAGACUAUUUUCUUAAGCGUGAGCUACUGAUGGGCAUAUAUGAGAAAGGGUUUGAAAGACCAUCUCCUAUUCAAGAGGAAAGCAUUCCGAUUGCAUUAACAGGGAGCGAUAUUCUUGCCAGGGCUAAAAACGGAACUGGAAAAACUGCUGCCUUUUGUAUUCCUGCUUUGGAAAAAAUUGAUCAAGAUAACAAUGUUAUCCAAGUUGUUAUACUUGUUCCAACUCGAGAAUUGGCUCUACAAACAUCCCAAGUCUGUAAGGAGCUUGGAAAGCACCUCAAAAUUCAAGUCAUGGUUACCACUGGUGGAACAAGCUUAAAAGAUGACAUAAUGCGUUUGUAUCAACCAGUUCACUUACUUGUCGGAACUCCUGGAAGAAUACUAGAUCUUGCUAAAAAAGGUGUUUGUGUUUUGAAAGAUUGCUCAAUGCUCAUCAUGGAUGAGGCUGAUAAGCUAUUGUCUCCAGAAUUCCAACCUUCAGUGGAGCAGUUGAUUCGCUUUCUAACUCCAAAUCGUCAAAUAUUGAUGUUUUCAGCCACAUUUCCUGUUACUGUUAAGGAUUUUAAGGAUAGAUAUCUACCGAAGCCCUAUAUUAUUAACCUUAUGGAUGAGCUUACUCUCAAGGGUAUAACACAAUUUUAUGCUUUUGUUGAAGAGAGGCAGAAAGUCCACUGUCUAAACACUCUGUUCUCAAAGCUCCAAAUCAACCAAUCAAUCAUUUUCUGUAAUUCGGUGAACCGGGUAGAAUUGCUGGCUAAGAAGAUCACAGAGCUUGGGUAUUCUUGCUUCUAUAUUCACGCAAAGAUGCUUCAAGAUCAUCGGAACAGAGUAUUUCAUGAUUUCCGUAAUGGUGCAUGCAGGAAUCUUGUUUGCACGGAUCUGUUUACAAGGGGGAUAGACAUUCAAGCAGUUAAUGUCGUGAUUAAUUUUGAUUUCCCCAAGAAUUCAGAAACUUAUUUACAUAGGGUUGGCCGAUCAGGGAGAUUUGGACACCUUGGAUUAGCAGUGAAUUUGAUCACUUAUGAGGACCGUUUCAAUUUGUAUAGGAUUGAGCAAGAACUUGGCACUGAGAUAAAGCAAAUUCCUCCUCACAUUGACCAGGCUAUUUACUGCCAGUGACCUGUGUUAGUUGUCUACCCUUUAGUCAUUGGCAAUAAUUGUCUUAUUCUAGGAUCAACGGUGCUGGUGAUUGAAGAUCUUAUAUAACAACUGAACUGAAUGGUGCAUUCUGGAAGUAGUGCGAGUUUGGGGAAGACUUUGUUUGUUCUGACAGAUGCACAUAGUCCUUGGUGUGCUUUCCUUGUAUUUCUGGCUUUCUGUAGUCCUGAAACUUACACGGGACCCAGAUAACUCUAGGGUGACAUAUUACCCAGCCUUAUUCUGGGAUCUCUUGACAAUUGCCUCUACUUUGUAAACCAUCUCAUCUGGUAACACUUCCACGUAGUUUGCUCGUCAGAGUGGGAAGUCCAUGCCCUUGGGCGCUGUCGGAGUUUCAUUUCUCUAUAUUUUGAUAAAUUGAAGUUUCAACUGUUGUCUCAUCUUGCUCUCCCCUAUCUCUCUCUCUCUUUUUUCGGCACAGUUUCUGUCAACAUGUUUAACGAAAGAUUGUCUCCCUUUGUGACAAACUAGUAGCCGAUGGUGUUUUUUA